AUGGACAACCAGGAAGAAAGACCCAUAUUGAGAGGGAGACCCAUCUCUCAAGGGGAGGGAUGGGUGUUGAACGUAAAAUGUGGUUACCAUAAUCACGAUGUCUCUUCUACUCUAGUUGGUCACCCCUAUGCGAGUAGGUUGAAGUCUACUGAACAGUCGUUGCUUGUUGAUAUGACCAAAAGCCAAGUCAAACCUGCAAAUAUACUUCUCACUUUGAAAGAAAAAGAUGAUUGUAAUGUUACAACUCUGAAGCAAGUGUAUAAUGUGAGAUAUAGGUACAAACGUUCAAUAAGAGGUUCAAGAACUGAGUUACAACAGUUAAUGUUGAUGUUGGAACGUGAUCACUACAUCCAUUUUAGUAGAUGUCUUGAUGAAUCUGAUGUGGUAAGCGAUUUGUUCUGGACCCAUCCUGAUGCUGUGAAGUUGUUAAAUUCAUUCAACAUUGUGUUCUUAAUGGAUAGUACCUAUAAAACCAACAAAUAUCGGUUGCCAUUACUUGAGAUUGUUGGUGUGACAGCAGGGUGA